AAUUUUAAAGCAACAUUUUCUGGAGGGGACUUGAACUCAUAUGCGACCAGCCUUAUCCAGUGCACACAUAAUCAAAUCAAAAGCACUAAGAUUCAAAGUUCUCCACCUUACACUUUCAAUUUCCAAAUUCUCCACCUCACACCAUGCUUUCAAAUUCAAUGCUACUUGCUUCUUCUCUGUAUUCACCAUCACCACCUUGCGCUCUCUUCGCUUCCCACAACCUUUCUUCUUCCUUCAAACCCUUCUCAAAACAAAACGCCGCAUUUCUCCAUAGAAACCCCUUUCUCCCGCGCCACUUCACUUUGGGCUCUAAAACGCCUCUUCCUUCUGUUUGCUUCUUCAACGCUCGAGACAAAUCUGACACCAAUUUUCAGGAUAAGGAAUCGGGAUUGGGAUGGCCUAUUCUCAGGCGAUGGGAGGUGCCUUGGGAAUGGCAAACAGUUUCAUUGACCUCUCUUGCUUGUGGAUUGGGUUUUGUAUUGACAGGUUUGACCGAAGCAAUUGCUCUACCAUAUCUAGGAAUCGAACCUGAUAAGCUAAGUUUAGAUGACAAGGCAGAGAUACUUUUAUUCGAUCAGGGCAUCACAACUGCUGUUGUACUUGGAAUCAUAUACAGUGUUGCCAACUCUUUCCAGCCACUUCCUGAAGACUUCUUCAAAUAUGAUUUCAGGGGACCUUUCAAUCUUCAAAAGGGUUGGCUUUUGUGGGCUGGAGUUGGACUUGGUGGUGCCAUAAUUGCCAUUUCAUUGACUGGAGUUGCUGUGUCUUUCUUCAGUGGAGAAGCCCCACAAAGAGAGACUGACGCUCUUGUUCGCUUGCUUCCAUUAAUUGGAUCUUCAAAUCUCAGCACUGCCUGCUUGGUGGGCAUCACAGGGGUUCUUGCUCCACUCCUUGAGGAGACUAUAUUUCGAGGAUUUUUUAUGACUUCCCUGACUAAGUGGGUUCCUACACCAGUUGCUGUCGUCCUUAGUGCUGCUGUGUUUGCCCUUGCCCAUCUCACUCCUGGAGAAUUUCCACAGUUGUUUGUUCUAGGGGCUGCUUUGGGGUUUUCAUAUGCUCAAACUCGCAAUCUUCUCACUCCCAUCACUAUCCAUUCCUUUUGGAAUUCAGGAGUUAUAUUGCUUCUUACUUUUCUGCAGCUUCAAGGGUAUGAUAUUAGAGAAUUGUUGCAGUCAACUUGAAGCGAAAUUUUCUCCUUGCAUGGAUGUGGAGCAUGUACAGAAUAGAAUACAAAUCCAUUUCUUUGCUUAUCUGUGCACCCUUUCCCUGUUGUAAAGCAUAAUCAGAUUCUUGCAUGAAACAGCGAAGCAGGAAAUGACUGUUUGAUCAUGGCAGUUAAAAUAUGCUAUGAACUUUGAAAUUUUCAGCAGACCCUGGUUGUCAACUAGGGCUUCUUUUGGAUAUCCAAUGUUGAACGGAGUAGAGCAAAAUCAAAUGAAAUAGAAUAAGCGUUGGUUUAAGUAA